AGUCUAUAAAAGAAACCUGUGCCUGUUAAAUAACUUAUUUCUAACGACAUAAUCAAUUCUCAAAUUAACACAACACAUAGCUCAAUACUUUUUAUCCUCUUCAAACAUUCAACACCAUGCACCAACCUAUUGCGGUGCUUUUAUUCGCAACUGUCUUUGCCAUACCAGCCAAGACUGCGUUCAUUAGGACCAGUGGUAUUGAAUUACCAACGUAUACUGAUCCCUGUAAAAGAAAUGACAAGGAUUUUAGUGGUUGUCUAAAAAAAACUUUGCAAUACUUGAUUCCUAAAUUCAGCAAAGAGGGUAUACCACAAUUAAAUAUCACGACUUUAGAUCCUUAUCAUUUGGAUGAAUACCUUAUGCAUUUUGACUCGGCACAAAUCGAUGGAAAAUGUCUUUUUAAAAAUGUUAACGACUAUGGUUUGUCAACAAUAAGAAUAGUCGACGUGAGGUUUGUUACCUUCAUAAAAUAUAUACAUAUUUAUAAUAUAAAUAAGUUAUUACAUUUUAUUAUUCCCUUGGGAAAGCAUUGUGUGAAUGAUAAAUCAAAAUUAUGAAUCACUACUGAUUUCAUGAUC